AUGAGCAAAGCGCUCAAGGAGGGUUUGGAGGGGGAGGAGCAGCGGCUCCAUAGGAUCCGCAUAACGCUUACCUCAAAGGAUUUGAAAUCCAUCGAGCGUGUUUGCACGGAGUUGAUUGGAGCGGCAAAGCAAAGGAAGCUGCAGACAAAUGGGCCAGUACGCCUACCUGUCAAGACCCUUCGGGUCACCACAAGGAAAUCUCCGUGUGGAGAGGGAACAAACACGUACGACAGGUUCGAGCUGCGUAUUUACAAGCGUUUGAUCGACUUGCACUCUGCAAGCGACGUGGUUCGUCAGAUCACGUCCAUCAACAUCGACCCCGGUGUUGAGGUGGAGGUUACUGUGUCAAACAUAUAA